AGCAAUUUUCUAAUAAUAGUAACAACAGGAAUUGAAGAAUACUCUAGUAGAUUACUGUCGCCAUGCACAUGUAACCACCCCCCCGGAGAGACUCAUGCAUGUACAUUGAUCCAGACCGUCCAAAGCAAGAGCCCAACGAUGGAUGGAGUAUAGGCCAAAGAUCAGAUGGAUAUGGUUAAAAGAGACGAAUAUCAGACACCACCAACCUGCUGCACAAGGGAUGCUAGUAAGUUGGAUUCGUUUGAAAUACACACAACAUUUUAUUCGUUCCUCUACAGGAAAGGCAUUCCUUCAACAAUCAAAGAAAACCCUUCACACUCAUUUCCGCAAUUUCCAUUUGAUUCCAUUGAAAGGCUUGGCAACCUCUCCCCUCUCUCCCAUUUCAACAUCCACCUCCAAGGAAAUGGAGGUUUUGCCCAUCAGAACCACCUUCACGCUACCAGCUCCAAUACCACCAUGGCCAUCAGGAGAGGGAUUUGCAACAGGAAGUAUAGACCUAGGAGGGCUAGAGGUGCGCCAGAUCUCUACCUUUACCAAGGUUUGGGCCACUCAUGAAGCGGGUCCUGAUAACCUGGGCGCCACAUUUUUCAGGCCUUCACCUAUACCAGCUGGAUUCUUCAUGCUAGGUUGCUAUUGCCAACCCAACAACAAGCCCCUUUUCGGAUGGAUUCUUGUCGGAAAGGGCGAUGACAAUGGCGACGAAGCUGUUGCAGGAGUGCUCAGGAAGCCGGUGGAUUACACGCUGGUUUGGAGUAGUGAAACUGUGAGAAUUAAGCAAGAUGGUUAUGGCUACAUUUGGCUACCAUUGCCACCACAAGGCUACGAAGCAGUUGGCUUUAUCGUCACAAAUUCCAGUGAGAAACCAUCCCUCGAUGAAAUGAGAUGCAUUCGUUCAGACCUCACUGACCCAUGCGAGAAAGACAUGUGGAUAUGGGGAACCAGGAAGGUCAAUAAUGAGAGUGUAAUUAAUGUCUAUGGCUCGAGACCUAAACAUAGGGGGACUCGAGCAUUUGGUGUUUGUGUAGGCGCCUUUAUCGCUCAAGUGGACGGGAGCGCUUCACCUUUAACCUUAGCCUGUUUAAAGAACAAGGAUUUUGGUCUAUCGUGUAUGCCAAACCUUAGCCAAAUAGAUGCACUAAUGCAGGCUUACUCCCCAUGGAUCUACUUCCAUCCCAACGAGCGUUACCUCCCCUCCUCGGUGAGCUGGUUCUUUAACAAUGGAGCUCUACUCUAUGAGCAAGGAGGCUCGAAGCCGAGCCCAAUUGACCCUAUCGGGUCGAACCUUCCGCAGGGCGGUUCAAACGAUGGCUCUUUUUGGUUGGAUCUUCCUGUUGACAAGGGGGGCAAAGAAAGGGUUAAGAGAGGAGACUUGGAAAGCUCGGAGUGUUAUUUACACGUAAAACCAAUGCUAGGCGCAGUGUUCACAGAUAUAGCGAUAUGGGUCUUCUAUCCUUUUAAUGGGCCGGCAAGGGCUAAGGUCACAUUUGUAGAUGUAAAGUUGGGGAAGAUAGGGCAACAUGUUGGAGACUGGGAACACGUGACAUUGAGGAUAAGCAAUUUCAAUGGCGAGCUAUGGAGAGUUUUCCUUUCACAGCAUGGUAUUGGAAGAUGGAUGUAUGCAUCGGAACUAGAGUUCCAAGGAGGGAACCACGUCGUAACAUAUGCUUCAUUGCAUGGUCAUUCUUUCUAUGCAAAGCCAGGACUUGUUCUACAAGGGAAUAGAAAAUUAGGCAUAGGAAUAAGAAAUGACUGUGGGAGAGGCAAGCUGAGCAUGGACAUGGGCAUGAGGUACAUUCUGGUUGCAGCUGAGUACUUGAGUUCAAUUAUCGAACCUCCAUGGCUUGAUUACACAAGGGAAUGGGGUCCAAAGAUUAGUUACAAGGCUGCGUCUGAGAUAUGUAAGGCGGUGAGGUUUCUUCCCGGGAAGCUUAAGCCUAUGGUGGUGGACUUGAUUAACAAACUCCCAAAAGAAGUGCUCGGGGAGGAGGGGCCUACCGGUCCCAAAAUGAAGCGGAGUUGGAAUGACGAUGAAGUGUAAGCAUAUCAUUAGCAAGAGAAUACAUGCCUGAAUUUACAGGAGAUAUCGAUGUAAUUUGUAAACAAUUCC